CUCUGCUUCGGAGCGAGCGACGGAGGAAACAUACCCCGGAACCGAUGGCGAUGAAGUGGCUACGUUUUGCUCUCCUCGCCUUCGGGGUUUUCUCGCUGAGCUGCGCCACGUCUGGUGACAGCAGCGGCGUGAAGAAGAUGAAGAUGCAGUUUGCUACGGGGCCUCUCCUCAAGUUCCAGAUCUGCAUUUCCUGAGGGUACAAGCGGGUGUUUGAGGAGUACAUGCAGGCCUUAUACCAGCGGUACCCAGACAUCCGUAUUGAAGGGGAGAACUAUCAACCUAUGCCCCUCUAUCGACACUUCGCUUCCUUCCUGUCCGUGUUCAAACUGCUGGUGAUUGGGCUGAUAAUAAUCGGCAGGGACCCAUUUGCCCUUUUGGGUAUGCAAGCCCCAGGCUUUUGGGAGUGGGGCCAGACCAAUAAGAUAUAUGCCUGCAUGAUGGUGUUCUUCUUCAGCAAUAUGAUUGAAAAUCAGCUGAUGUCCACAGGAGCUUUUGAAAUCACACUAAAUGAUGUGCCGGUGUGGUCAAAACUGGAGUCGGGUCACUUGCCCUCCAUGCAGCAGCUUGUGCAAAUCUUGGACAAUGAAAUGAAAAUGAACGUUCACAUGAACACAAAACCCCACCACUCUUAACCCGACUUUUCAAUUCCUGGCUGGAGCUAAAAGCCCCUCCAUGCAAGUUUGAGGUGGGUUUCUCACUGGACUGUGAAGUGAUGUUUAUGAAGGUCUGUGCUGAAGGCAGGAAGACUGUUAGCACAGACUGGAUGCUCCCAUCACUCUUUACUUUGUCCCUUUGAGACAUCCUGCCCCUGACACCAGAGUGGGAUCCAUGGCAACAGCGCUGGCCAUUCUGUCAUCGUACUGUUCCUACAGUUGCAGAUUUCAUCCAAGUGAUAACAGUCUUAAUAUUUGCAUAUAUAAUGACCCAUGUCAACUAAACAAAUAUGUCAUUUGUACCACUGAGCCAUAUGUAGAAUUUUUAAGUUAACUGUUCUAAACGUAGCUUAGCUGUGUAGAAAAUGCAACCCUUAAAAUCAUCACCAUUGUGAAAAUAACAUUAGGGAAUUAUGUCUUGGUAUGAUUUCUGAAUAUUUUUUAUAUUUGCAUACCUUGGGAGAACUAAGAAGAUUAAUAAAACCUAUUGUAACUA